AACACAACAGAACCCAACACAACAGAACAGAACCCAACACAACACAACAUAACCCAACACAACAGAACCCAACACAACACAACAGAACAGAACCCAACACAACACAACAGAACCCAACAGAACACAACACAACAGAACCCAACACAACACAACACAACAGAACCCAACAGAACACAACACAACAGAACCCAACAGAACAGAACCCAACACAACAGAACAGAACCCAACACAACACAACACAACACAACAUAACCCAACAGAACACAACACAACAGAACCCAACACAACAGAACACAACACAACACAACAGAACCCAACACAACAGAACAGAACAGAACCCAACACAACACAACAGAACCCAACACAACACAACAGAACCCAACACAACAGAACCCAACACAACACAACAGAACCCAACACAACACAACAGAACAGAACCCAACAGAACACAACAGAACCCAACACAACAGAACACAACAGAACACAACACAACAGAACAGAACCCAACAGAACACAACAGAACACAACACAACACAACAGAACCCAACACAACACAACAGAACAGAACCCAACACAACACAACAUAACCCAACACAACAGAACCCAACACAACACAACAGAACAGAACCCAACACAACACAACAGAACAGAACCCAACAGAACACAACACAACAGAACCCAACACAACACAACAGAACCCAACAGAACACAACACAACACAACAGAACCCAACAGAACAGAACCCAACACAACACAACAGAACCCAACAGAACAGAACCCAACACAACACAACAGAACAGAACCCAACAGAACACAACACAACACAACAGAACCCAACACAACAGAACACAACACAACACAACAGAACCCAACACAACAGAACAGAACCCAACACAACAGAACCCAACACAACACAACAGAAACCAACACAACACAACACAACAGAACCCAACACAGAGAAGAGGUCUGGGGACCGACUAAGGAUGCCAUGGUGAUUUGUGCUUCUCUCUAUCGGUUUGAGAACAAGGUCUGUAAUAAGAGAACCAUUGAAACUAAUUGGAUUGAACAUGGAUUACCAGUGUGCUCCUAAAGCCAGCGAGGCAGCGGCACUUUUCUCUUAAAUCCAAAAGAACACUUUUCAGGGACGCUUUCUCUUUUUAUCUGCAAGAUCGAUUUCCAGACCAUUGAUUGGUUGAUGUGGUGGCUUCCCUCCCGGCCAGGCCAUCGGCUGCGUUAGCUAUCUACCUAUCACAGACCAGAGAGAGAGAAAGAGGGAUGGAGAGUCUGGAUGAACUAGAGCACCCUCUGCUAGGAAGGGAGAGCCCCAAGGCAGAUCCCCGAGGCCUGGGUACUACCUGCACCACUAACCGCCUGUUCAACGGUGUCCUGAUGAGGUGUGAGGAGGAUAAGACACUGCCCCCACUGGGCUGGAGGGUUUACUGCGGGGGGGCAGGAGAACCAGGACCAGGGGAGCUCGGGUACCAGCAGGCCCAGCAACAGCUGUUAGAUCCUUGCUCCCUCCCCUGCACUCUGGAGACCCUGUACCCACCGGCUCCUCUCUGGGGCCACCCUGAUGCCAUGGGUCUGGGGAACAAGGACUAUUUGGAGACCACGUUUGUGGACAUCUACCCCGAGUCACCGCUGGAGAGGAAACUGUUUGCCGAGAGCGAACAGGACAUUCACUCUGUCUUCUACAGCCUAGAGGACGAAGACGAUCUGCUGCCCGACUACGAGGACUCGUCCAGCGAUGAAGAUUUCAGUGAUACGGACAGUGACAGUAACUUCCCCCUGAUGAUUCCUCAGGAUUACCUGGGUAUUGCCUUCUUCUCCAUGCUCUGCUGUUUCUGGCCUCUAGGCAUCGCUGCCUUCUACCUGUCUCAGAAGACCAACAAGGCAUCGGCUCAGGGGGACAUCCAGGGAGCGAGUACAGCGUCCCGCCAAGCCCUGUGGCUCUCUGUCCUCUCCAUGGUGUUUGGGAUCAUCACGUACAUCUGUGCUAUCGCUGCUCUCAUCUCCUAUCUGUCUGGGAACCCACCGUAAUCCCUGGCUGGAGACACACACACACAGUAUACACACACACACACACACACACACAAAUAGUAUACACACAGUAUAUACACACACACAAAUAGUAUACACACACACACACAGUAUAUACACACACACAAAUAGUAUACACACACACACACAGUAUAUACACACACACAAAUAGUAUACACACACACACACAGUAUAUACACACACACAAAUAGUAUACACACACACACAGUAUAUACACACACACAAAUAGUAUACACACACACACACAGUAUAUACACACACACAAAUAGUAUACACACACACACACAGUAUAUACACACACACAAAUAGUAUACACACACACACAGUAUAUACACACACACAAAUAGUAUACACACACACACAGUAUAUACACACACACAAAUAGUAUACACACACACACACAGUAUAUACACACACACAAAUAGUAUACACACACACACAGUAUAUACACACACACAAAUAGUAUACACACACACACACAGUAUACACACACACACAAAUAGUAUACACACACACACACACAGUAUAUACACACACACACACAGUAUAUACACACACACAAAUAGUAUACACACACACACACAGUAUAUACACACACACAAAUAGUAUACACACACACACACAGUAUAUACACACACACAAAUAGUAUACACACACACACACAGUAUAUACACACACACAAAUAGUAUACACACACACACACAGUAUAUACAUACUUUUAUACAAGGGUGGCUCAAAUCCUUGACGCUGAUUGGUUAAAAGCGCAAUCCAGCCAGUGUCUAUUCCACAAGUUACCACCGGCUGAAUCUAUGACGUUAAAAUGCCUAUUUACUCUGUUCCAUCUGACUGCACAAUCCACUGUCUCAGCAGCCCAGCCAGGCAAUUUAUAAACUUGAUCUCAUAUAUAAAAUGCAUUUAAACUCAGUGUUUUCACAAUUCCUGACAUUUAAUCCUAGUAACAAUUCCCUGUCUUCGGUCAGUUAGGAUCACCACUUUAUUUUAAGAAUGUGAAAUGUCAGAAUAAUAGUAGAGAGAAUUAUUUAUUUCAGCUUUUACUUCUUUCAUCACAUUCCCAGUGGGUUAGAAGUUUACAUACACUCAAUUAGUAUCUGGUAGCAUUGCCUUUAAAUUGUUUAACUUGGGUCAAACGUUUUGGGUAGCCUUCCACAAGCUUCCCACAAUACGUUGGGUGAAUUUUGGCCCAUUACUCCUGACAGAGCUGGUGUAACUGAGUCAGGUUUGUUGGCCUCCUUGCUCGCACACGCUUUUUCAGUUCUGCCCACAAAUGUUCUUUAGGAUUGAGGUCAGGGCUUUGUGUUGGCCACUCCAAUACCUUGACUUUGUUGUCCUUAAGCCAUUUUGCCACAACUUUGGAAGUAUGCUUGGGGUCAUUGUCCAUUUGCGACCAAGCUUUAACUCCCUGACUGAUGUCUUGAGAUGUUGCUUCAAUAUAUCCACAUAAUUUUCUUUCCUCGUGUUGCCAUCUAUUUUGUGAAGUGCACCAGUCCCUCCUGCAGCAAAGCACCCCCACAACAUGAUGCUGCCACCCCCGUGCUUCACGGUUGGGAUGGUGUUCUUCAGCUUGCAAGCCUCCCCCUUUUCCCUCCAAACAUAACGAUAAAGAUGGACACCACAGUACGCUUUUCUCUAGGAGACAGAACGAGUCUCCUUCCUGAGCGGUAUGGAGGCUGCGUGGUCCCGUGGUGUUUAUACUUGCGUAAUAUUGUUUGUACAGAUGAACGUGGUACCUUCAGGCGUUUGGAAAUUGGUCCCAAGGAUCAACCAGACUUGUGGAGGUCUACAAUUUAUUUUCUGAGGUCUUGGCUGAUUCCUUUAGAUUUUCCCAUGAUGUCAAGCAAAGAGGCACUGAGUUUGAAGGUAGGCCUUGAAAUACAUCCACAAGUACACCUCCAAUUGACUCAAAUGAUGGCAAUUAGCCAAUCAGAAUCUUCUAAAGCCAUGACAUAAUUUUCUGGAAUUUUCCAAGCUGUUUAAAUGCACAGUCAACAUAGUGUAUGUAAACUUCUGACCCACUGGAAUUAUGAUACAGUGAAUUAUAUGUGAAAUAAUCUGUCUGUAAACAAUUGUUGGAAAAAUUACUUGUGUCAUGCACAACCAACUUGCCAAAACAAUAAAUUUGUGAAUUAUAAGUGAAAUAAUCUGUCGGUAAACAAUUGUUGGACUAGUAGAUGUCCUAAACGACUUGCCAAAACUAUAGUUUGUUAUCAAGAAAUGUGUGGAGUGGUUGAAAAACGAGGUUUAAUGACUCCAACCUAAGUGUAUGUAAACUUCCGACUUCAACUGUAGUUUUUAACAGUGGAGAUUUGUAUAAACCUUGCUGUCUGUCUCGCUGCUGUCUGUCUCGCUGACAUUUACAUUGUUUCAAAAUGUAAAUUAGAUCGCCAGCUGUCUCAUAAUAAUGUGUAUGGGUCGGGAGUUGGGACGAGACAGACCGGCAGCCAUCCGGAAUCAGCUGGCAUCAUUUUUAUGGACAAAAAAAAUGUAAAUUGAAAAAAUGUUCGAAUGAAACAGAGUGCAGCUAGUUUACAGUCUUUCCAGCUUCCGUUUGAAGUGAUUGUGUUAGCUGUGUUGUUGGCUGUGUUGUUGGCUAGCUCCUCUGAACAACAGUGUCCUGAAGAGUGAGCACAUUUUCUACGCCAGGUGAAAAGCUACUUUGUUGUUAUUCUGGCUGCACUUGGACACGACCCAGUUUGACGUGACUGUAAGUUCGUCGUAGUUGGCUAGCUAGCAAGCAACAAGUAAGCAAGGGGUAAGAACAUUACCAGCCAUUCUGGCAAUGCAACAUUUAUAACAGACAACU